AUGUCUCUGCUUCUCAGCCGCCUCUCGAAGCUCUCUUCCCUGAAAACACCUGCACUCGUCAGAUACCUCACGGCUCGUUCUUUCUCAACUUCCUAUUCGAAAAAGACCUCCAGAUCUACUUUGCGUAAUGGGGGUGUCGGACACCUCGAGUUUUUUGAAUAUCCUCGUAACAGGCUGAUGGAGGAUCCAGGAACGAUAGGAUCAUCCCAAGGAGCUGUUGCUACAUUGAAGGAAGGAGUAGUGUGUCUGCAAGAGAGUACUCCAAAGGGAAAUGAGCCAGAUUCAGAUCGAAAACGCAUCUCACUGCCUCCCCUUGUAACUCUACCUCAUUGUCAAACCCAAAUUGUAACAAACGUAGCCUUGUCCUCCUUUUUCCCGGACGAGGAAGACUUUGUUGUGGCUAUCAAGUUCUUGGGACCUCAACUCAGCUUAUGUAGGCCUGCUCGAAGCUCUGAGUGGACCAACAUAAGAAUCACAGACCCGAGUUUCUUCAAUUCCCGUGUCAUUUAUUCCGAGAGAGAUGAUAUGUUCUCCAUGCCUGCUUCCGGAGGCUCCUACAUUGGAUCAUGGAAUCUUGGAGAAGAUGAUGAGUUACACAAACACAAGGUGAAGCAGUUGUGGUUUAAAGAGUUUCCCGAGCUGGAGCAAUCAGAUUGGGAGCGCUUGAAUUCGUAUUGCACGAGCGAACACUUGGUGGAAUGUGGACGCACCGGUGAAACUUUUCUGGUUAAGUGGUACACGAGGAGCCACUUUCGUAGAAAGGAGACGCAGCGUUUCAUCGUAUUCAAAAUAGACGAGGAAGGAAACGCGGUGCACACUAGUUACAUUGGAAAUCUCUGUAUCUCUCUCCACUCCAAGGCUGAAGCUAUAUGUGUCGAGUCUAGCUUGCAUGAUCGUUCUCCAAACAUCAUAUUUUUCAAGGGUCUCCACGACUCCGGAAUAGCCCAUCUCUGCAAUUUUGAGUCUUCUUGGCUUUUUUAA